CGCCUCCUCGGCCCACCGGCCUCGGGGCGCGGAGCGGGCGGCGGGAGGAGAAGCGGGGAAAAAAACCACGGGGUUCUCCUCCUCUGCGCGCAGCGGCGGGCGCAGCAUCCCCGAGAGCGGGAGGCCGGGAACAAAGACUCCGCGCAAGCCCCAGCGGCUCCACCUGCCACCGGCGGAGAUGGCGUCCCUCGGUUUAGGGGGGCUCAACGUGUCCGCCCGUAGGAAGAGCGUUCCGGCUCGCAACGCGGCGGUGGAAAGGCGGAACUUGAUCACGGUCUGCAGGUUUUCAGUCAAGACUCUGAUCGACCGUUCUUGUUUUGAGACUAUAGAUGAUACUUCCCCUGAAUUUAAUAAUUUUGCAGCCAUUCUGGAACAGAUUCUAAGUCAUCGACUGAAAGGUCAGAUCUCCUGGUUCGGCUAUGAAAGUCCUCGUAGUUUCUGGGACUACAUUCGAGUAGCUUGUCGCAAAGUCUCUCACAAUUGCAUCUGCAGUAUUGAGAACAUGGAGAAUGUCGGUUCUUCUAGAGCUAAGGGUCGAGCCUGGAUCAGAGUAGCACUUAUGGAAAAGCAUUUGUCUGAAUAUAUUUCCACAGCUCUAAGAGACUUCAAAACAACCAGGAGAUUUUAUGAGGAUGGAGCAAUUGUUCUUGGCGAAGAAGCAAAUAUGCUUGCUGGUAUGCUGCUGGGACUCAAUGCAAUUGAUUUCAGUUUUUGUCUGAAGGGUGAGGGAUUGGAUGGCAGCUUUCCAGCUGUCAUAGAUUAUACACCGUACUUGAAGUUCACCCAAAGUUCUGACAGCAUCAGCAGUGAUGAAGAAGAGCUAAGAACGCUGGGCAGCAGUGGCAGUGAAGGCAGCACUCCAGAGAACAUUGGUCCUCCUUUCAUCACGGAUGAAAACAGUUGGUACAACAAAUGCAAGAGGGUAGAACAGAAGUACCGGCUUGCAUUGGAACAGAAGGGUUACCUUGAAGAAUUGGUACGACUCAGAGAAAACCAGCUGUCUGAAUCGGUCUCACAGAAUAAACUACUGUUACAAAGAAUUGAAGAUAUGGAUCUAGCCCAUAAAAUGGAGAAGGAACAGCUUGAAUAUAUCAUUGUGGAACUGCAAGACCAGUUGACUGUGCUAAAGAAUAAUGACUUGAGAUCAAGACAAGAAUUAACUACUCACCUCACCAAUCAGUGGCCUUCCCCAGGAGCUCUGGAUGUCAAUGCUGUUGCCUUGGACACUCUGCUCUACAGAAAGCACAAUCAACAAUGGGAUGAGAAAAGUUUUCAAAGUCUGGACCAACUUUCAGCAGAAGUCAGUCUGUCUCAGUCCUCUCUGGACCCAGGUCACUCCCAGGACCGGAAGCAGGAUGGAAUGAACUUGUUAAAUGAAGGGAAGGAAGACACCCCGUCGCUGCUCGGUCUCUGUGGCUCUCUCACAUCAGUAGCAAGCUACAAGUCUCUCACGAGCCUGAAAUCCAGUGAAUAUCUUGCAAGUCCCACCACAGAGAUGACAAGUCCAGGCUUAACACCAUCUUGAGAUACACACAAGAAAGAAGAGCUUUGUGUCGUAUGCAUUUGGGUUAUGUUCCAUAAAAUGACUUGCAAUGAGGACUGCUAGUUCUGAGUUUAAAAAUAAGCUGGUUUAUUUUUUCUUUUCAUGGUUCCCUUGUUUCAUUCACAGAUUCUCUCAGUUUUCAUUCAAACUUUUUUUCCCCCCAGAGGACUUCUCAGAUUUUCUAUUUUAGCCUUGAAUUAUUUAAAGCUCCUGGUCAGGUACAGGACAUAUAAUCUGAUGCUUAUGACUGAUUUUUAAAACUAAGCUGUUGGAAAUCAGUCCCCUACUUAACUGUCAUGACCUUUGUUUCUCCUUGCAAUGGCCUGGCCCUACUCUCACCACGGUGCUUCUCUGCAGUGCUUUAAAUAUCUGCCAGUCAGCUCUUGCGGAGCAGGCAGGGAGUCCUUCCCACCAGGCUUUGUAGGCAAAUAUUUUAUCUAAAAAUCCAGCUUGUCAUCUGUGUAUGUAGAACCUCCAAGAGCAUAUUUAACCUAUCAACAGCUCUUCUCAAGUUGACUGGAUGUUAGAUUUCGCCGUUCCUGUUAGUAUCAUGGCACGUAGGGGAUGUCUGGAGAAUCACACUCAAACACUCGCACUGACUCUUGAAGUUGCAUGUGAAUAACAAAUGUAAGUUCAUCAGCUAAAUCGAGCAUCCUUAGCAAUUUGUAGACGUUGGGGAAACUCAAUGCUUUUGAGUCACCUGAGUUACAGAUACACAAGAUUAUAAAAGCAGCAACAAACAUUAUAUGAGAAAUGUCUUGGUUUCUUGGCCUUGCUGGAAAGGUGAGGAGCAAGGAUGGGGGGGUUGGCACCUUGGGAAACUUGGACUCUGUGUUUACUGGCAAGAUCCCAAGGAGGGUGAAAAAGGGGAAACAAAGACAAUGUAAUGACAAGAUUCUCAUGUUAAAGAUUUUUCUCAUUCCUGUAGUAGUGCAAUAGGUAUUUUUCUUAAUUAGGUAAUACAGCAGAACUUAUUUAAGUCAGUUUUCUCAAAUUACUUGCCAUUGAUUUAAAUUACCAAUAAAAAAAAAGAGACUUUUUUAAAAUGAAACUAACUUUCCAGAUUACCCUACAGUUUCAAAGUUUGCAAAUUAGUUUUUGAAUUGCAAACUAUAUUCUUAAUUCUUUGUAAGAUACACUGGAUCCUUUAUCUAUGAACUUUGCUAAUCAAGGUAACGCUUAUCAGUAUGAUUAGUACCUUUUUAAACAAAACUUAAAUGCAUGUAAGAACGUUGUAUUUAUAAGUGCUAGGGAAAAUGCUUUUUUGUGCCAAAGAAGUUUCAUAAAUUGUUUACAUGAGUAGCUGCAAUACAAGACAGAUUUUUAAUUAUGGCUUACUCUUGGCUGUUUACAGUAUGUCACUCCCCUCCCCACGGUUUGAGCUGCCUCUUGUACCGGUACCUGGGCACUACUGCUGUUCUCUGCUCACCCCUGGGCGGGCUUGAAAGAAAGGGAGGAGUCAUUCUGACCUGUGCUGAGAACUGCAGGACAUGUUGAACCUUCCCAAGUGUGAGGCUGUGCAUCUCUGGGACGGAUCGAGCUGGAGGAGGUUCAGGAUCCACCUCCUCAGCCCACGCUGCCGGAGGUCACCGCAGCCACAGCCGGGUGGGCAAACACCUGCUGGUGCCACCAAAAUGCAGAUUUCUAAAGCAGCUCAGCAAAAUGCACCAGACCUUGUCUUUCAAGCCCUUGUGUACCCACUCAGUUAAUUUUUCUGUAAUAAACUCUGACCAUUAAAUCCUUCCACACACUGUCAGCACGUCCAUUGCUUCAUGUGACUGGGGUGUUCUGUUACCGCAUUAAGCACCUCUUCUCUCCUGGCAGUUGAGGAACGUUAUGAAAUACUGAUUUGUAAACCAGAGAUGCAUUUUUACUACAAAUACAGUGAGGGAACCCGAGUUCCAAAAGUUGACAUUCUCCAUCAAGGUACAGUGAUUGAAUUGGUCUCGUUUGCUGUUACACGCUUCUCCCGUUACGUCGGUUUUUUGGAGGGGGGAAUAAUCAUGAUCUUCAGUCAUGUUUGUUGAUGGCUCAUUUCUUGGAGCUGCUGCUGUGAGAUUCAUGUGUCGUUCAGCUGAAGUCUUUUCUGUGGUCUGACACCGCCGGGGGUGUCACUCUGUGCAUGGGAAGUCAGUUACCUGUGUCCUUCUCCGUUUCAAACGUUAAGCAUUUUUCAAAAAAAAAAACAAAAUUUAAAAAAUGCCAAAACUGUAUGUUUUGUUGCCUUGACGUUCCAUAAAUGUUGCAUGUAAAUUAAACAUUUUGUAUCAUCACUAA